UUUCAUUUCAAUUCCUUCCCUUCCGUUUUAACUGCUUACCUUUUAUCUUCCAAAUGCCAUUUGUCAAUGAUCCUUGCACGCUAAAUAUUGGACAAGAGCAACCUUUUAUCCAUAAAAUAUCGCCUACCAUCAUGUAUGAAUCGGAUCAAGAUAACUCUGCUGGUGAAACUUUUAAAUAUCAAAAGGAUUUACCAAAGCUGCCUAUCCCAGAUUUGAAGACUACACUAAACAACUAUUUAUCAGUUUUGAAACCAUUACAGACAUCCGAGGAGCACGAAAAGACCCGGUAUGCUGCUCAACAGUUUUUAGAUGAAGAAGGCCCUGAAUUACAAACAGAAUUGCACACUUAUGCCACCGAUAAAUCCUCUUAUAUCGAAGAGUUUUGGUAUGACUCGUAUCUCCAUUCUACAAAUCCUGUUGUUUUGAAUCUCAACCCUUUUUUCUUGCUGGAAGAUGAUCCAACACCACAACGCAGCAACCAGAUUAUUCGUGCUUCCUCUCUUAUCUAUUCCACCUUCAUUUUCAUCCAAGCGCUCCGCCGUAAAACACUUCCAGCCGAUGUUGUCCAUGGCACACCUCUCUGUAUGUCCCAAUUUGCGCGCUUAUUCGGUACGGCACGCGUACCUACGACUCAUAAUGGGUGCUAUAUCCAAAAUUCAUUUAGUUCAUCCCGACAUAUCGUCAUCAUGGCCUAUUCUCAAUUCUACUACUUUGAUGUUUUUAAUAACGAUGGUGACAUCUUGCUGACCGAAAAGGAAAUAGUCGCCAAUCUGCGAGUUAUUUUAAAAGAUGCUGCGAAUACACCCGUCGAAGAUAGAGCCAAACAAGCCAUGGGUGUGCUUACCACUGAGAAUCGUAUCAAUUGGGCCAAAAUAAGGCAACAAGAAUUGUUACGAGAAGAGAGUAAUGCGGAGGCUUUGAAAAUUGUAGAUACUGCCUUGUUUGUGGUGUGUUUGGAUGACGCUGAUCCCACAGAUACGAAUACAUUAUGCACGAAUAUGUUGUGCGGUACUUAUCGAUUGGAGAAUGGCGUUCAAGUAGGCACUUGUACCAACCGCUGGUACGAUAAACUACAGAUCAUUGUGUGUAAAAACGGCAGCGCUGGAAUCAACUUUGAACACACAGGCGUGGACGGACACACUGUUCUGAGAUAUGCUUCUGAUGUAUAUACAGAAACUAUACUUCGGUUUGCCAACACUAUCAAUAGUCAAACACAAUCCAUGUUUCACUCAGCCCAUACAAAAACGGUUCCUCAACAUUUGAACUAUGCUCAGGUAUACAAGACAAUGCAACAAAGACAUGAUACCAACCCACGCAAAAUUGAAUGGGUCUUGUCCGAUGCGAUACAAUCCGGCAUUCGAUUUGCCGAAAGUCGACUGAGUGAUCUAAUUUUACAAAGUGAGGUGAAAGUAUUAGAAUUCAACAAGUAUGGUAAAUAUUUCAUCACCGGUAUGAAAAUGAGCCCAGACGCUUUUGUUCAGAUGGCGUUUCAAGCGGCUUACUACGGUUUAUACGGCAAAUGUGAUAUGACAUACGAACCCGCUAUGACGAAAACUUACUUACAUGGUCGUACGGAAGCUAUCCAUAGCGUGUCUGAGGCAUCUUCCGAGUUUGUUAAACUCUACCAUUCAUCAUCAGUGACUGUUGCUGACAAGCUUCAAGCCCUUAGGAACAGUCUUCGCCAGCAUACACAACGUACAAAAGAUUGUUCUCGAGGUCUAGGUCAAGACCGCCAUCUAUAUGCGCUUGAAUGUGUUUGGAAUAGGCUCUACAAAGGAGGGGAAAAUAGUGAAGUUCAAAAGCGACAAAAGCCUUUGUUAUUUACAGAUCCGGGUUGGGCAUUAUUAAACCACACUGUGUUAAGUACAUCAAAUUGUGGCAACCCUGCUUUGAAGUUGUUCGGUUUCGGACCUACCGUUUCAGAUGGAUUUGGUAUUGGUUAUAUUAUUAAGGAAGAUGGCAUUGCUUUUUGUGCAUCUUCAAAACAUAGGCAAACACAAAGAUUUUUGAACAAUUUAGAAGCUUACUUGAUAGAUAUACAAACCUUGUUACUGAAAGAGAAGUACCCUACAAAUCUAUCUUAUCGUCUAGCAUCAUUACAUGAAGAGGAUGAAGCGGAAGCAUACGAAAAAAGUGAAAAAGCGUCUACAGAUGGUUACAAUUACUACGAUAAUGGUGAGAAUAAUCGCAUCCUACCGACAAAGAAGAAACCGAGUCCACAACAAUCUCCAACAAAUAGCUAUAAGGAAAGGAAAGUAGGUAGACGCUUAACAUUACAAGGAAUUAACAUUUGAUUUGAACACCAAGAUACCAUUUUUGAUAAACUAUAUGUAUACCACCUCAUUCAUUAAUUAACGUUAAUAAGAAAUUAUACUAUUCGCAUCAUGUUAUGAAAUUUGGUUGACCUUUUUUUAUUUAUAUGACGGUUGCUUCCAACCAAAUGGAAAA